AUGGAUCACGCUGAGCUAUCAGUGAGAUUGGAGCAGCUGGAUCGCAUUCAGGAUCAGUUCGAAUCAACACAAUCUCAAAUGGAGGAAGAAUACCCCAACGAGCUGGAAACCAGCACUCGUGAUGAAUUCGCUGCCACUUUCAUACGAGCUAAGGGAGCACUUACAAGGGAGUUGAAUAAGAUGGACCCCCAGUUUAUGUCUUCGACUUGGAAUCCACCGCCUCAAGAGCAGUCAUCUGUGAUUGUGGUGAAGCAACCAAAGUCGCACCUACUACAACUACAAUUGCCAUUAUUUGGAGGGGCAUACACAGUGUGGCCAAACUUUUUGGGCAUGUUUCAAACGGUUAUCUACAAUGACACCGAGCUGUCAAGCACCUCCGUUCAUGCCUGA